CACUGAUCUGCUCUGCAUGUGAGAAGAAAUGCUUUGCAAAGGCUGAACUGACUCAAAUUUUCCUACAGUGGAACUUGUUUGCUCUGUGGGAACCGUUUCGAAACGAGACAGAAACUGAGGAGACACAUGAGAAUGCACUCUGGAGAAAAACUUUUUAACUGGUCUCAAUGUGGUAAAUGUUUUUCAGAGAAAGGUCACCUGUUUAAUCACUUGCGAGUUCACACUGGUGAAAAACCAUUCAUCUGCUCUCAGUGUGGAAAAUGUUUUUCUCUGAAAUGCACCCUAAAGAAUCACAUGAGAGUUCACACUGGGGAAAAACCUUUCUUCUGCCCCCACUUUGGAAAAUGUUUUUCACAGAAAAUUCAUCUGAAAUAUCACAUGAGAAUUCACUCUGGACAAAAACCUUUCAUCUGCUCCCAGUGUGGAAAAUGUUUUACUAAGAAACGCACCCUAAAGAAUCACAUACGAGUUCACACUGGUGAAAGACCUUUGACUUGUUCGCUUUGUGGGAACCGUUUUGAAACAAGAAGGAAACUAUCGAGCCACAUGAGAAUUCACUCACAGGAAAGACCUUUCAUCUGCUCCCAAUGUGGCAAAUGUUAUUCACAGAGAUGUUACUUGACGAGACACAUGAGGGCUCACACAGGCGAAAAACCUUUCGGCUGCUCCCACUGUGGGAAAAGUUUUCCAGAGAAAGGCAAACUAAAAGAGCACACAAGAGUUCACACUGGGGAAAAACCUUUCAACUGCUCCCUGUGUGGAAAAUGUUUUUCAAAGAAAGUCAAACUAAAUGACCACAUGAGAGUUCACACUGGCGAAAAACCUUUCAACUGCUCCCAGUGUGGAAAAUGUUUUGCUGCAAAAGGGACCCUGAAUAGACACAUCAAAAGUCACAUUAGAAAAACUUUGCUUCUUCUGUCACUUAAAAAAGAUUUAAGUUGAACCAUCACCUGAAAAACCACUGUGGCAGACUGUGUUAAUGCAGUGAGUUUGCAACCAAUGUAUAACACUGUGGCAGCUGCAGGAACAGUGUGCAAGACCUUUGUAGUAAUAUUUUAAAAAGGUUUAUUAACACUGAUGGGAAAUUCCAUAAAUGACUGAGAAUAUGAAUAUUUGGGAAUACGUUUUUUUUUUAUGUAAAUAAAAACUUUUAUUUGGGUGUUAAUGGGUGUUAUACAGUGUUAAUAUUCUUGUAAGUGCUUGUGCUACUAAUAAAGUUAUUCACAGACGGAGGAAUGCUGAAUGACUGAGGAAGCACGAGAGGAGAGUGUGGUUGAGGGUGUGUGAGAAAGAGAGACGUUACAGUUGGAAUACAAUGCCGGGAGUGAAGCAGACACUCUCACGAGUAAACACGCGAGAUACAGGUGUGUCCUCUAGAUUUAGUGGUCGGACUUUAACAAGUGAAUUGUGAUUAAUUAAUUAAUCAUAAUUAACAAGUUAAAAUAUUUCAUUUAAUCGUUUUAUUUUAAUUUAGUUGAACAGUUUGCUCUCCAGACAACACAGAACCUUUGUAAGUGCAGGAGUUCCUGGUCCACUGAUCCCACUGAUGCACAAGACACGUGGCAGCUAGGAUGAUAACAACAACAACAAAC